AUCAUGUAUCCUCCUUAUAUGAUUAUGUCAUAAGCUAACCUUACUCUCCUGCCAUUCCCUGCCUGCACAUUCAACAGGUAUUUGCUGUCUUCUGUCUGAAAUCGUUGGAGGGAACAUGGAAUAGAGCAGAAAAUAAGUUGUGGCUUCCAAUGGUGCUUGUUUUCCGUAGUUUGACAAACACCAAAUUUUGAAGGUGAAUAUGGGAAAACCUGACAAUGAUGAUACUGAUUCUGGAACUAGCAACAGAAACCAAUCAAGAAAUAACAACAUGAAGAAAGGAUUAUUUCAAUCAGAAGUAGUCAAGGGGGAUCAUUUUGAUGGCAAGAAUUGCAUGAAGGAAAAUGCUAAGGCUACAAAUUCAGGUGGUAAACCGAGCUGCACUUUCUGCAUGGGUAAAAAUAGUUGCCGAAUUGUGCAUUCAAGAACAAAAGUAAUGAAUAUUCUGAUCAAGAGAGGAAAACCUCAGGAAGCUACUGUCAUUUUUGAAAAUCUGAUUGAAGGCGGGCACCAACCAUCUUUAGCAACAUAUACAACCCUAUUAAAUGCCUUGACCACUCAGAAGUGCUUCAAGUCUAUACAUUCUAUUGUCUCACAGGUGGAAGAAAAACAAAUGAAGCCUGACUCGAUAUUUUUUAACGCUCUUAUAAAUGCAUUUACUGAAUCUGGGAACAUUGAGGAUGCCAAGGAAACUGUUAAGAAAAUGAAAGAAUGUGGAGUAAGGCCUAGUACUAGCACUUAUAACACAUUGAUAAAAGGGUAUGGAACUGCUGGUAAGCCUGAUGAGUCAAUGAAAGUGCUAGAUCUGAUGUUAAUGGAAGGCGAUGUGAAACCAAAUCUCAAGACAUACAAUAUGCUUAUCAGAGCAUGGUGUAAACUGGGGAACAUGUCUGAGGCGUGGAAUGUGCUGAAUAAGAUGUCUGCCUCUGGAAUGAAACCGGAUGCUGUUACUUUCAACACUAUAGCAACAGCUUAUGCUCAUAAUGGAGAGACUUCUCUGGCUGAAACAAUGAUUUUAGAUAUGCAGAGGAAUGGAUUGAAACCCAAUGAGAGAACUUGCACCAUCAUCAUAAGUGGAUAUUGUAGAGAAGGUAAAGUAAAGGAAGCCCUGAGGUUUGUAUACAAGAUGAAGGAUCUGGGGCUGCAGCCUGAUCUUAUAGUACUUAAUUCCCUGGUUAAUGGUUUUGUGGGCAUGAUGGAUAGGGAUGGAGUUGAUGAGGUUUUAAAGUUGAUGGAAGAAUUUAAGAUCCAACCAGAUGUGAUAACAUAUAGCACUAUAAUGAAUGCAUGGAGCCAAGCUGGAUUCUUGGAAAAAUGCAAGGAAAUCUAUGAUAACAUGUUAAGAUCUGGUGUAAAGCCGGAUGCGCAUGCCUAUGGUAUUCUUGCCAAAGGUUAUGUGAGAGCACAAGAAAUAGAAAAGGCUGAAGAACUGCUAACUACCAUGACUGAAUCCGGUGUCCACCCAAAUGUUGUUAUAUUUACAACUGUCAUAAGUGGAUGGUGCAGUGUUGGAAGAAUGGACAAUGCCAUCAGGGUUUUUGACAAGAUGUGUGAAUGUGGGAUUUCUCCAAAUUUGAAGACUUUUGAGACAUUGAUCUGGGGAUAUGCAGAAGCAAAACAGCCAUGGAAAGCAGAAGGAAUACUCCAAUUAAUGGAAGGGUUUGACGUUCAACCCAAGAAAUCGACAAUCUUGCUUGUUGCAGAAGCUUGGUGUUUUGCUGGAAUGAAAGAAGAGGCAAAGUCACUACUGAGUGCUGUAAAAACUGAACAGAAGAACAAUUCAGCAGAGGAAGAGAACAAUAUAGCAGCUAAAAGUUCAGAUAAAGUUUACCAAAAGCUACACACUGAUGCUCCUUUCUGCAGUAUCUUACAGAUUCCAUCUAUAUCUUCCCCUGACCAGAAAGGUUCGGCUUUAACAGCUAGAAGAAACAGAAGGCUCCUUAGAGAUGGUGAUUUGGAGACACCAUCACUCACAACAAAAUUCAAGUGUCAUUCUCAAAUUUGUAGAUACGGUGAAGGAUUUUCCAUUACUUGCAAACAGUUUCAAGGACAGUAUGGUACAUAUCAACUUGCAAAUUCAUGUACAACAGUAUUCUUAAACUAAAAGGGGUUUGAAAGGUGAAGUGUGGAAUAUCUUUUUGAUGUAAUUACAUUCUUAUGUCAAGAAAUGGCCAAUUCAUUUUUUGUUAACAAAAUACUCAAUUUUUUCUUGUAACCAAAUAUCAAAAGGCUUGUAUUUAUUCUGUAACUCUCUCUCUCUCUCUCUCUCCUUUUGGUCCAAGUAACUCCUAUUCUAUCUAGGUGCUAUGAAAGACAGGUUACACCCGGCUGACCAUU